CAUAACAAAACUAAAACCAGCAACAAAGAGCUACAAUGACAAUUCCACUAGCAACAUAUGCUACAACAAAUGCGAAAAGACACUAAAAACAAAUCCACCAGCAAUGGAAAUAUCACAAGAAAUCACCUACCUUGAAAAAACCUAUACAAAAACAAAGAGCGUUACAACAUCAAAACAAGACACCAGAACAAGACACCAUAACGAUGACACCAAGGUGAAAAACCAAAACGAUGAUGAUACUAGGACAAGGAUGCCAAAACGACGAUACCAGAGGAAUGAUACUGAAUCUACCAGCAAGAG